AGAGAGAGAGAGAGAGAGAGAGAGAGGGAAUUAAGUUAGGUAUGUUAGGAGGUAGGAAAGAAGAACAGGAAAGAUUGGUAUAAGGUAAAGAAUAUGAUCAAAAUAUAUGAAAAUAUAUUUAAAUAAAAAUUUAAAAAAUUCUUAAGAUGCAAAUUUAAAACUAUGAGGUAAGAAAACUAUAUACUUUGACUAGGAGGUUUGCUUUCUGCCACUUACAGAGAAAAAGAGAAUAGGGGGAAAAACUAUUUAGCCUGCAUGGAUAUGAACCUCCAGCUGAAAGAUUUUCUUGAAUGACUAAUACAUUAAGAAAAGAAAAUUCUGAAAAUUUUCAGAAAGAAAAAAGACAAAUUUUGAAGAAAGAAAGAAAACAUAAUUGUAUCAAUGUUUUUAUGAAAGCCAUUGAAAUUCAGAAUAAUGGCUUUUUCAAACAACUUUGUGUUAGUUUGAAAGAAAAUGGCCCCCAAUUGGAGUGAUACUAUUGGGAAGUGUGGCCACGUUGAGUAGUUGUGGUCUUGCUCUCACACUUGAGGAAGUGUGUGACUGUGGAGGUGGCCUUUGGGAUUCUUUUCUCAAGCUUUCCUCAGUGUGAUAGUCAGUUGACUUCCUGUUGCCUCUGAGUCAAGAUAUAAGGACUCUCAGUUCCAGGACAAAAUCUGCCUGCAUGUUGCCAUACUCCCCUUCAUAAUCAUAAUGGACUGAACCUCUGAAACUGUAAGUGAGCCAUCCCAAUUAAAUGUUUCUUUUAUAGAGUUGCUAUGGUCAUGGUGUCUCUUCACAGCAAUAGAAACCCUAACUAAGACAUACUUCAAAACCUUACAGAAAUGUUACUUCAAAUUAGAAUUCUACAUAUUCAAAAUGUCAGGGAAAGGGCGUGGGUCCAGGAAGUACAUUUUUAACCAUGUAAGUUCUUCAGAGAAAAUAAAGGUUUAAAAAUAUGCUGGGUAGCAGGAAGUUACUCUAAAGAGAAAAAAAUGGAGGAAGUAGCCAAGCAACUAGCCUGGAAGAUGAAGUGCAGAACAUGGAGAAGAGUAAGGGUAUUCCCAAGAGUACACUAUUCCCACAGGCCCAAGAUGCAGGGCUGUAUUAUUCAUAAAUGUAUCUAGAACAAUAGUAUUUCAACAGAGGGUGUGUUUUAUUUUGUCUUAAUCUGUAUUUCAUAUGCUUAGUGAAAAUUUAAGUAGCCUUCAUAAUGAAGACACUCUAUACCUAUGAUUUUAAAGCCAAUUGUAAAUAAAUGUCCAUUAUAUGAGAUUCAACUGAAUGACACUUUAAUUUAGGCACAAUACAUCCAUGUAGGUUAUAAGGGAAAAUCCCUAUAGUUGUCACUGCCAACAAGGAAACAGCUGUAAUAUCUCCUUGUCACAUAUAUAUCUUGAUAGUUGUGAUUGGCCAAAUUAUCCUGAGUUUGUAAGAGCAAUAAAACUAUUUUGAAGAGGAAACAUACCAGAAAUAUCAUAACAGUAAAACUAGUAUGUCUGAUUUAUAGGUCUGUACAUUUAUAACUUUAACAUGUUGACUUAUUUAAAUGAUAUUUCAACUCUAUCAAAUGGGUAGUUUUACUACUAUAAACCAAUUAUUGUAUUAGCCAUAAUGUAUAUAUAAGGAGACUAAGGAAAAGAGAAUAAUUAUCCACAGUUAUCAUUUCUAUCAGUAGACAAACAUAUGUUGGAGUACUGGUAUUGUUCUAAGACCAAUUUAGAGAUACUUGUUCAAGAGACAUUAUAGCAGAAGGGAAGGCUGGGGGUGGAAUCAUGUAGGAGCUGUGUCUACAUCAGGCCUGGGACAGCAGGCAGAAACUCAGAACCUUUAAAGGCUUAGAAACACCUCUAGCAUUUUACAUAGGGUUAGAAAGAAGAAAUAGAGCUCCAAGAUGUAGACAAAGGGAAUUAUUAAAAAGAGAAAAUAUUCCAGGAAAGGGUGAUGUCUUCAAAUGAGAGGGACAUUUAAUUAGGUAAUUUUGUACUAUUCCAGGUCAAAUAGGUGAAUCAGUGAAUAAUUCUUAUGGAGAUCACUGCUGAUUUGGCCAGAGCAUUUUUAAAAAGAACAACACAAAAGACCACAUUUUGGUGAGUAAAUCCUAAGCAGAAUGAUGAAUGGAAAAUAGGCUGGAGAAGUGAAAUAUGCUGAUUUUCCUACUGAACACAUAGAAACAUUUGGGUAAUAAGUUUAGAAAUGACUAAAAUCAGUGUGCCUCAAAAAGAAAAUUAUGACUGUGUAGAUUUGGACAUCCCAUUUCACUUCUGUCCUAUGGAUUGAGAAAAAAGAAAAGAAACAUGAAAUGGAGAAAAGAAAACAAUAAAACGUAAUAUGGAGAAGAGAAAGAUGGUAUGAAAAAGCUGUAAAAAAAAAACAAAAAACAAAAAACUGGAGUGUUUUUGAAAAGUAUGUCCUGUGUGUACCUGUAGGACCAUGAAGAGAUGUGUGAAUCAUAUUUCUUCUUUCAUCUAUAGCCAUUAAUACGCACACUUAUUCUAAUUGGAUAUAUAGUGCAAAUUCCCAAGAAAGACUAGUAUUUCUGUAUUCAUUUAUUAAAAAGAAACUAAAUCUGUGAGGGAGUCCAUUGUUGUUGUGUCGAUGAUAAAACUGAAUCCUAACGGACCCGUGUAAGGCCACAGAGAUAGGAAGAUAUGGAUCAGAAAGGUCCUUUCCCACCAGCGCCCUCUGUCUCUGAUACAACUCAUAUGAACAGUGUUGGUGGGUGAUAGACAUGAAAGCCUUUGAUCUCCUAAUAACAUGUAUUUCUUCAAAAAAAAAAAAAAAUGACUACGGUCAACAGAAAACAGCCUGAAAUAAAACAGAUUUUUGUUUGCAUCCUCCCUCAAUAGAAUUACCAUUUUCCCUUAAAUAUGAUAAAUAGAAGAACUUAGCCUAGACAUAUGUUAGAGGAAAAAAAAAUUCAGUACAGCAGAAUGCCUUAUAAGUCACGGAAUGUAAAACAUGUGUUACAAUGUAAUAAAAAGUCAUCCUGUUUUAAUAAUUAUUUAAAGUUAUUAAGGAAUGGGGGGAUAGAGAGAUAAUCAUUGAUCCUAUGAAACAAAGGUGAUUACUAUAUUUAGCAGGUAAAUCAACUAUAGCUACUCCAAGAGAAUUUUAUUUUUUUUUCAAAUCUGUGUUUCUCUUAAUCAAAACAUUCCAGCAUCUGUUUUAUAUCAGAAAUGAAUAAAAUAUGUCCACAUGAACAGAAUAUAUUGGCCUUUACUUUUUGUGCUUAAUUGUUUUAAAAGAUCAUCAAGAAAAAGAAAUGUUUCAAAAUCUCGUUUUGUUUUGGCUACAAUUAAAAUUCUCCUCAGUUGCUGGCUAGUGGAUCCGAUCUAUACAUCAGCACAUUUUAACGUCUCUGGAAUUGUGAAGUGAGAGUGAAAAUUGCCUUGACUAUUGAAAAUCAUGCUUGGAAUUAAAAGAAAAGUUUCCUUUCCUGAGGUGACAAGGUACUGCUAUUGUUGGAGGGAUUGAAAUUGGAGCCAACAGUGCAUACAUCUUACAGAAGACUCUAAAAACCCGACUGCAAAGGUUGGGUCGCUCCAUUACUGUGAGGGGCAGUGGCCAAUAGAAAAGAAGGGAGAAGAUCCAAGAAGGCUGAGGUAAGCCAUCCUGGAGCCUGUCAGAGUGGAAACAAUACAUCCAAAGGUCUUCAUGGUGAAGAGUCACCAUCCCUUUCAUUUAUUCUGAUUGGAGGUUUAACAGCAUCAAGUCAAAACAAAGAGUUUUCAUUCUUUUACUACCUCCCCUCCCCCAUCAAUUUAUUUUACUCAGCGUCAGACCAGCCACGGGACUCAACGGUAUAUUCCUGGAAAGCAAGGUAAACUAUUCUGUACUUUUUAUACAACUUUUGGGGUGAGAUACUCAGAGUUCUGAUUCCAAAGAUGUGGUGUUACAACUUCAAUAGCUAAUGCAAAUCUCUAGUCUGACGAAACUUUAACUUGUCUCUGUUGGAAGCAGUCCAGAGAAGCAUUCUGCCUUCGGAGGCAGUCUGACAGCUGGCAGAAACUGUUCUGAACAUUAAUGGGAGGAAUGAAAGACCAACAUUCCACUAAUGAGUGGUUUUAUGUUCAUGUCCCUAGGAUUUGGUGAAAUGCAUUUGUGCUUACUAUUAGUUGUUUUAGCUAAAUGCCCAUUGAGGAAACGGUAAAUUUUAUAUAUGUAUAUAUAACACAGGUUAUAAGCUAAUGUUUAAAAUAUGUACUAUGCAUAUAUUUUUCUAUGACACUAGUUCUUUGUGAAUGUUAUAUUUGGUGUUAUUCAAUGGAGGAAAAUUUCUUUCUUCUAAAAGUAUACAUCAGAAACUAUUAACUUAGUGUUUGUUAUAUUUAUACUGGAUACAUAAAUAUAGGGGAAAUUAUAACUUAUGUUCUAAAUAGUUUUGUUCUUUCUUAUCCUGAUUAAUUAUGUCAUAGGUGAAUAAACAUGUAUCAAAAUUACAUAACUGAUACGUUAGUUCUAAAUAAUUUCUGUCAUAUGCAGGCAUGAGCAUAUAUAUAUAUACAUUUGUAAAAUAUAGAGACAGUAUAUAUGAGGGAGAUUAUAACAAUUAUAUAGGAGAAAAUGGUUAUGUGAAAAUUUCAUAAUUCUGCUUCUUGGCUGAACAUCUUCAUUCUGAUUUGUAUUUAAAGUUACACAACUCUUUCCCAAAAGUAAAGCUUACCUGAGAAGUUCAGCAACAGAGCCAGAGAUGAAUCACAUACUUUACUUCAGAUCCUAGACCCAUCCUUUACCAUGAACUUCUAAAUUGUCCUUUGAUCUCUAUAUUUCUUUGGUCCGAGGGCCAAAGAACCUGGGAAAUCUCCUCCAGAUGUUAUUCUCAUUUAAGGGUAAAAAUAAAAGCACAUGCAGAUGCCCACCUCUUAGGAACAGCAGGCAGUUGCCACUUCAUUUAUUAGAUCACAUUUUGUUCUCUUAUACUCAACUACUGGUUUCAGCAAAGUUUCUCGAGUUAAUAGCUUGAAAUGGAAAAGCACUUAAGCUUCUAAACUUUGCUUUCCAUUUCUCAGCUUUCACUAUGACUCAGUUAAACCCAGAAAGGUUAAGGACUGUGAAUUUGUUUCAACGUCUGUAAACUGCUUUGCCUGUGAUGGGUACUCAAUAAAUGUGUAUUCAUUGCUAUGUAUGGAUUAGAAGUAAAGAUUCUCAGCCCUACCUUGAAGAAACAAUGCUUACUGGGUUGAUUCUUGCCAGUAUUUAAAGAUCAGUGUACUAUUUAACAUCUGUGUUACUUACUCUACAGGUGUUGUAAUGGCAACCUCAAUCUGUUUGAUGCUUUGGGUGCUACUCAUAGCAGAUACUGUGUGGACACAGAGUGUGAGACAGGCCUAUGAGGUACAGGAUCCAGAGGACUGGGAUGUGCAUGAUGAUUUCUAUUGUCCCAGGGAAUGUUUUUGUCCACCUAGUUUCCCUACUGCCUUAUACUGUGAGAACAGAGGUCUCAGAGAAAUCCCUGCUAUUCCUUCAAGGAUCUGGUACCUCUACCUGGAAAACAACCAGAUAGAAACCAUACCCGAGAAACCAUUUGAGAACGCCACCCAGCUAAGAUGGAUCAAUUUAAACAAGAACAAAAUAACCAACUACGGGAUUGAGAAGGGGGCUCUAAGCCAGCUAAAGAAACUUCUUUUCCUGUUUCUAGAAGACAAUGAGCUAGACGAGGUACCUUCUCCAUUGCCAAGAAGUUUGGAACAGUUACAGUUAGCUAGAAACAAGGUCUCCAGAAUCCCUCAGGGGACCUUCAGUAAUCUGGAAAACCUGACCCUUCUUGACCUACAGCAUAACAAACUUAUAGAUAACGCCUUUCAAAGAGAUACCUUCAAGGGACUUAAGAACCUCAUGCAGCUAAACAUGGCCAAGAAUGCCCUGAGGAACAUGCCUCCAAGAUUACCAGCCAACACCAUGCAGCUGUUUCUGGACAACAACUCCAUUGAAGCAAUACCCGAAAAUUAUUUCAACGUGAUUCCUAAAGUGGCCUUCCUGAGACUUAACCACAACAGACUGUCAGAUGCAGGCCUCCCGUCGAGAGGUUUUGAUGUGUCGUCAAUUCUGGAUCUCCAGCUGUCUCACAACCAGCUCACAAACUUCCCCCGAAUUCACGCUAACCUGCAGCACCUUCACCUUGAUCACAACAAAAUUAAAAAUGUGAACAUCUCGGUAAUAUGUCCCACCACCCUGCGUGCAGAACAGGACGCCUUCAUUCAUGGACCUCAACUGAGCUACCUGCGCCUGGAUGGGAAUGAAAUCAAGCCACCAAUCCCCAUAGAUUUAGUGACAUGCUUCAAGCUUCUUCAGGCCUUCAUUAUAUAAACAGCCACCAAAUCCAAACUGGAUUAAGAGUCGAUGUGUGUGUGGCACGAAAUUUGAUUGUUUCUCCUAGGUUUAGGUCAC